UGGCGCUGUCACUGUUAUGGUCCUGUCAGGGCGCCGGCGUCGUGGUGCUUGGGCGGUCGCCACCGAGAGGACUUCUGUGGGGGACCCUCGGGGACAGGCCCGCUGCCCUCGUCUCCCGCUUCGCUCCCAGCAGUCAUCUCCCGGCUCGCGGGCCGCACCGUAGUGCGCGCGUGCGUUUCGGCGCCGCAGCCGCCUUUGGGCCUGGGCCCAGCCUCAGCCUCCUCCACUGCCUCGGGCUCGGAGGGGCCGCGAGAUGCAGCCGCCGGGCCCGCCCCCGGCGUAUUCCCCCACCAACGGGGACUUCACCUUUGUCUCCUCGGCAGACGCGGAAGAUCUCAGUGGUUCAAUAGCAUCCCCAGAUGUCAAGUUAAACCUUGGUGGAGAUUUUAUCAAAGAAUCUACAGCUACUACGUUUCUGAGACAAAGAGGAUAUGGCUGGCUUUUGGAAGUUGAAGAUGAUGACCCUGAAGAUAACAAACCACUCCUGGAAGAAUUGGAUAUCGAUCUGAAGGAUAUUUACUACAAAAUUCGAUGUGUUUUGAUGCCAAUGCCAUCUCUUGGUUUUAAUAGACAAGUGGUGAGAGACAAUCCUGACUUUUGGGGUCCUCUGGCUGUUGUACUUUUCUUUUCCAUGAUAUCAUUAUAUGGACAAUUUAGGGUGGUAUCAUGGAUUAUAACUAUUUGGAUAUUUGGUUCACUAACAAUUUUCUUACUGGCCAGAGUCCUUGGUGGAGAAGUUGCAUAUGGCCAAGUUCUUGGAGUUAUAGGAUAUUCAUUACUUCCUCUCAUUGUAAUAGCCCCUGUACUUUUGGUGGUUGGAUCAUUUGAAGUUGUAUCUACACUUUUAAAACUCUUUGGUGUGUUUUGGGCUGCCUACAGUGCUGCUUCAUUGUUAGUGGGUGAAGAAUUCAAGACCAAAAAGCCUCUCCUGAUUUAUCCAAUCUUUUUAUUAUACAUUUAUUUUUUGUCCUUAUAUACUGGGGUGUGAUCUAAGUCAUAUACGAGUAGAAAAAGACAAUGUUACAUUUCUGUGCAGGCUGGGAAUUCUUGUUUGAGGGGAAUGAAGAAAACCUGUUGCUGGUAAAAUUUUACAUGUUCCAGAUGUAAAGGCAGUUUAAAGUCUUUUUAAAACAAUUUUUUUGUAUUUAAUUAAGCAGUUGCAAUUAUCUGAAUUUUUUUGGUCAGAAUUCUAAAUUCUGUUUGAUUCUCAUAUUCCAGUGAAUAAAAUAUAAAAGCACUGUGUUUUUAAGAUUGUGUCAAUGUUCACCUAAAAACUUGUGCCAAAAGCACCUGGAAUGGUAAUUAUAUUUUACUUGAAGGAUAAAUAUGACAACAUCCUGAUAAUCUAAAAGUGCACUUUUUUCUUUAGAGUUUUCUUCUGCAUCACAGAUCCUGUAGAUACAUAUUUAUAUUUAUACAUAUAUAUUUAUGAAGUAAUUCUUAUUAUUCACAAAAUAUAUUUCUGAAUAGCCUAAAAAUUAAGAUAUUUUAAGUCCAGUGCUUAAACCUUGUUUAAUUUGGCCAUUAAACUUUUUAUUUAUAAAUUUAAAUUUGUUUUUAAAUUGUAUAUAAUUUUGAAAAUCUCAUACAUGCUUCAGUAUGUCCUUGUUAAGAAUUCUGAAUAGUAACAACUAAAACCAAUUAUAACAGUUGCUGAGGUUUGGUUUGUUUGGGUGUGCUUUUACAAACCCCUUUUGAAUGUCUAAACAUCUGAUUUACAUUUUGUGUUUCUCUUUCUGACCAAAGGAGCAAGAGGUGUAAUGGAUAUGGCAGUCAUUAAAAUUGUCAAUAUGUAGAAAAACAGUAAUAUUUAUAGCAUCAGUAAAUAUUUUUAAGUGAUACUUAAGUCAUAAAAGUUGCUGGAAAGAGACCUUUAAAAUCUUGUGGUCCUGAAUAAUGUUACAUGAAGUAGAAAAAAAUAAAAUACUUCCCAGUUGUGUGUUUUGUUUUAUAACACCUGUCCUGUAUUACUUGAUAUUUUGACAAGUAUCAGGUACCCUUAACAAGCAUACAAUAUUUGCUAAGGGAAAUAUUAAGAAAUUUCUACUAGUGAAAUUUUUUUUGCAAAUAAUUUCAGAGAUUUCUAGAUGUACCUUUAAUUAAUAUUAUCUUGUAAAGUAGAUAAAAUAUUUUAUAUCCAUAAAGUAGCAAAUGCCUAAUAACUAUUAGCAAGUUAUUAUAUUAUCCUUUCUGGUCUCAGCUAGAAGAAUUAACUGCUGUUCUCAAUAUGGUAGCAUGGCCGUCUCUUGGUAUGUAUUCCUUUAGCAACCUUAUCUGUCAGGAAAUAUCCAGCAAUUCUGAAGCAAGCCUACAAAAAUUAGCAAGAUAUCAAGCCUGUCUCUCUACCUUUCCACCUCUCCCUCAACCUACAAGAGAAAAAAAAAAAAUCAGAUUUUAAGCUGUAGGAAAAGCGUGGAGCUACCCUUCAGCCAGAAUAAUGUGGGAAAAUUAUAUAAUGCUGAUUUUUAAACUCAGCUUAGGAAAACAGAUUAGAAGCACCAGAGGGGCAGAAAGUCUAGAACCUAAAAUAAUAUGAAAUAGUACGGAAGAAUCUGUAGCUACAGGAGCAGCAACUCUAGAAUAAACAUUUGUCACACUCCAGGAGUUCCUGAGAUCAAGACUUGGUUAUAAUGGAUUAUUAUAUUUGAUUUCAUGGUAUUGACCCUGGAAUCUUCCUCAAAAAGCUUGGGGGUCCAUACCAGGCGGUAGAAUUUUACUAAACAAAAAGUUAAGGUGUUUUAGGACCAACUUCAUCAAAAGAUGGUUUAAAAAUUUUUUAAGCUAUCAUUUCUUUAAGAUGUGAAUAAAAAGUUUACUUAUAUGGACCAUGUUUAUUCCUAAUAAUGUAAGAUAAAGUGAGGUAAUUAUGUUCUAAAAAAGCUUUAAAAAAUAAUAGCAUUUAAUCUUGGGAACUGCCCUGUUUUAGGGUAUAUAUAAAUGCAAUUUAUAAUGCUUCAGGCACAUCCAAUAUCUUCAUGUGCAAAUGAGCAAAGCAGUUAAAACAGAUUGUUAGUUUGAAAGCACAGUUUGUAAAUGUGUACAAGAUACAGUACUCCUACAGCUAAUGGUAAGCUGACCAUAAUGACCUCUCCUUGAAUUUGUAUAUGAUAAUAUUUUAUAAGUCAUACUAAUUUUAAAUCAUGAUUUCCAAUCUAAUUAGUAGUUCAUUUGUAGUUUUAAACAGAACUAACAAGAUAGUCUCUUCUAGUUAUGUGUGUGUGCAUGUUUUAAGUGUUAUCAGUUAUGAUCCUGAUGAAUGUUACUCCUUAAAAAAGAGACAUUUUUACUUCUGUUUUAAAUUGAUUGUAAAAUAACUGAAAUUUUUAUUACAGAUCAAAGACUAUAUAAUUUUUAUUGUAUUAAAAUACAGUUUAGGAAGAUUUCUAAAAUUUUAUGAACCUUUAUUAAACUUGGCAAUUUCUAAGGUCAGUAAGACAGUUUUAUAUAUAAUGUGUCUAUUUCCAAAAAUUCCCCAAAUAUUAAUAUAUUAAUAUUUCUAAAUUAGUGAAAAUUUGACUUAAAAUAUGAGGUAGAUUUUUUAUUUAAGUAUUGUUUAAAAUUUAGGUCAUUAAAAAUUCUGACAUAAUAAAACAUUGAAUAAAUAAUGCUUCUAUAAACUAAUAAAAACAGAAUAUUUUCCAUAUUCAACAAAACAAUAUUUUAAGAUGAUUGUUAUUCACCUUUUCCAUUUUUAUUAGUGCAUAUUUUAGCUAAUUUAGGCUUUAGGAAAUUGUGACACAUUUGUUAAGUUUUGUUAAAAUAUCUUCUGUACGAUUUUUCUUUUGUAAUUGAACAGGUUGGAUUUUUUAUUUGUUCGUUACAAGAAAAGAGAACAGCUCUCAUCAUGGGGACCAUAGGUUGUCUCAGAAUGUUAAAAAGGCCCUAUUACAGGAUGUAGGCUUGUUUAUGUUGAUAUAGUUCUUUCCGAUUACAUGGCAAUCUGAAAUAAGUGUUGAUAGAGCUGAAAAUCACCUUCAGAUAUUCUCUGCUCUUGUUAGUUAUAUAAACAAAAUAGUAGUAUUUUGUUAUUCUCUUUCAUAAAUGGUUUCUUUAAUUGGACCCUUGUAUUACAUCUUACCUAGUACUACAUUUUAAUUUCCCUUUAGAAACUUUAUUGCAAGUGCUCUAUUCCUUAUUUGUAUAGUUUCCUGGCAGUAGUUUGUGUGUUUGAGAGUCUUUGUCACUUUAUAAAUAAAUGCCCAAAUAUGAUUUUGACAUCAGUUAAGAGUAGACAUUCUUAUAUCUUUGCACCAGACAUCAUACUAUUUUCUGAAGAAAAUUCCACUUGUGAAUACAUUUUCUUUGUAACAAACUGGUAUGAAUUUUAUACUCUACUGUGCCUUAUGGGGUAUAGUGGUCUGAAGAGAAAUGGUUAAGAGAGUAUCCCCUAUACAAGGUAUAUAUUAUUAAACAUGAGGCUUAGGGUUAGAUUUCUCAUUUGAAGUUCUUUUGAUAUGCUGAGGUUCCAAUUUGGAGGUUAAUUCAAAGAAAGAAUGUCAGUAUAAAUAAGAUGAUAUUAGUAAAAUAAUUCCCUAUUUUACAUUUUGUAUUGGUAGUAGUCCUGGUUUCAACUAAUAAUUUUCAGCAAGUAUCCACAAGGUUUUACUUUGAAGAUAUUUAUUUUAUAGUUUGCAAGUGCUUGAAAAAAAUUCCUUAAACAUCCCUUCUGAACAGUUUAGGGAUAUGCUAAUACUAUCACUUAGAUUUAAGUUAGAUAUUAAUAUGAAAAAUAUUUUUGUAAAAUAUUUCAGUACUUGCAAUUAGAUGAAAAAGAAUAUGAAAACAAAUGUAGGUAUAUGUAUGACUGAAACUUUAUGCUGUACACCAGAAACUUGACACAACAUUGUAAACUGACUAUACUUCAAUUAAAAAAAAACUUGCAAUUAGAGUAUAUAAGGAUUGUUAAUACUUGUGGGGGAAAAGUAAGCUCUCCUACCUGUAGUAAUUUUCUUAAAUUAACACUUUGAAUAUUAAGUUAGAUUUAUUAAGAAUAGAAACCUUAGUUUUUCUAUAGUAGUUGCCACUCAGCAAUUUUGAUUAAAAAUGAAACAGGCAAUAAGCUUACCGAAGUAUUUACAUAGGAUCAAAUUGAAUUACACAGAAUGACUGAUUAUGGGAGAAAUUUGUCAUCUGGUGAUAAAAAGAUAACAUAAAAGUGAUUGCUGCUAUUCACAAGUAAGUGCUCCUUGUUGAAGAUGAAGUACUGAAAUUCUACAUUUUCCUCGAUUUUAUAAUGAUUCUACUCACUUGUGGAAUUAAUCAGUUGCUAUGUAAAUAUCACUUAAAUGAUGUGUAUUAAUAAUGAAACAACCCAUAUGUUUUAUAGUCCUUAUGCUAAAUUUCUCUCUGAUAAUUAUAGUGACUCCAUAGGAAACAGUAAAAAAUAAUACUUGCUGAUGAUGAUGGGCCUAGGCGCUCGAGUCCCUCAUACUUAAUCUGCUUUGCCAAAUGAGAUUUAGGAAAAUAUGUUGCCUAACACAAAUUUAUUUUCAACGAAUGGUAGUGGUGGUAGCCCCAAGAACAAAACAUUCAGAAGAAACAGCUUUUGAACUGGGUAUGCUGAGUAUGAAGAGAUAGUUGAUAUUCAUCAAGUGUUUAUUGACCCCUUUUUAUGUGCCAGGUACUAUGGUAGGUGCAGGGAUACAGUGAUAUGCAACAAAGGCCACACACAUAUGCACCCCCUAACCUUAAUGAGCCAGUAUUUUUUGAGACAUAGACAAUUAGUUUCACAAAUUGUAAAACAAUUGCAACAAAUGGAGGGAGGUCUGUGGAGGCAAGGGAGUUUGUAACAGAAAAAUUCCAUGAGAAAAUCCUUCCUGAAGAAAUGCUUAAGCUGAGAUUUUAGGGAUAAGUAAAAGUUAACUAGGCAGAGAAGGGAGGGAGACUAUUCCAGACAGAGGAAAUAGCAGGUGAGUAGAAGGAAAUGAAAACUCAUUUGAUUGAGGUUUAGUAGUUUAUGAAAUCAAACAGGUAUGUUGGUACCACACCAUACCUGACAUUCUAGGCAAUGUUUUCUUUGUCAGAGCUUUUGAUUAUGAAUAUGAUAUAAGAGAUGUGUCCUUUUAAUACUAAGGUCAAGAUCUGCAAUUGUACUCUUGAUAUAUCCCCAACAGAAAUACAUGUACAUAUGCCGCAGGAGACAUGACCAUGGUAACAUUCAUAAUAGCCAAAAAUUGGACAAAGCAUAUCCAUCAACAUAAGAUGGAUAAAUAGGUACAGUUAUUCAGUGGAAUCUUUUUGCAAUGAAAAUGGUUAGAACCAUGUGCAAGAAUAUGGAGAAUUUGUCAAGCAUUAAUGUUGAGUGAAAGGAGCUGACACCAAAGAAUUUGCACCUGUUAUCUCCAUUUGUAUGAAGUUCAAACACAAGCAAAAUUAAGCAAUAAUAUUUAGGGAUACAUAUUGAGGUGCAACGUUUUUAAAGCAGCUUUAACAAGGUUUACACACCACAAAAUUCAUCCAUUGUGAGUGUGCAAUUUGAUAAUUUUUAGUAAAUUUGUAUAGUUGUACAACCAUCACCACAAUCCAGUUGGCAGAGUUAUUUUUAUAAAAAGCAAGAAGAUGACUGCCAUAAAAGUCAGGUUAAUGGUUACCUUUUAUUGUGAGGGAGAAGGUUUGUAUUUGGAAAGAAUCUUGAGGACUUCUUUAAUGGGUGAUUUUUAAUAAUUCAUUAAGCUGUAUGUUUUAUGUACUUUUCUGUGUGUGUGUUAAAGUGCAUCUUAAAAUUUUUAAAUUGUUUUAGACAGGUUACACUUAAUGUAGUUAAAUUGCCACUUUGCAUUUUGCUCUUUUCGUGCCAUAACCAUCUUCAUGUUACCAUUUCUUCAGAGAACUCUUCCUUGAAUCUUGUAACUAUCCAACCAUGUGCCCGAGUUAAACUGUAUUACAUCACUGCUUGUUUUAUUCAUAGCACUAUUACUCUCUGUAAGUGUCUAGAUUUUUCUUUAAAUUCCUCCAUUAUAAUGUAAGCCCUAUUGGGGCAGGGAAGUUUUCUGACAUGUUCAUUAGUGUACCCCUAGUACUUCUGUUGAAUGAAUGCAUGAACCUGGUCACUGAAUCUCAAAUUCAAAUCCAGAUCCAGUGAAUUUCAAAGCCAGUAGCUUAAUCAUUAGUCUUUCAAAAAAUGUUAAAGUUAGGGAAAAGCUCAGAGCUCACCUAACGAGUGUAAUCAUACCUUAUACAGAUGAGGAAACUAAGGCCUAAGGAAAGAUUGUCUAAAGUAACACUGUUGACCUGCAAAAUUGGAAUAAGGGCUUACAUUUUCAAACCCCAAGUCAGGUGCUCUUUCCAUUACAGCGUGGAACAGCAGAAUAUAGGUAGUUGCCUUCUGCCAUAAUUGAAACAUCUUUCUUUUUCCUCUUUGAUCUUUUUUAUUCCACUUUUUAGAAAUCCACUAUUAGUUUUAGGCUUACAGGUACUUCAUGUUAAUAUUAAGUAAUUAAGGUUCAAAAGACUGUUGUGAAGAUUGAGUGAACUAGUUAAUAUAAAGCACAUAGAAUCAUCCUAGUAUUCAGUGAAUAUUAGCUGUUUAACUGAGGUCAUUUAGAUCAAUGAAACAGGAAGGUUUCCAGAAAUGUAUUCAAUUAUAGAGAGGAAGUUAGUAUGUGAAAAGGUAGCAUGUCAAAUUGGUAUAAAAAGAUGGAUUAUUAAAUAAGUGAAGAUGCUGCAUCAGAUAGCAGUGUGUUUGUUUUCAAGAAACAACCCUACGACCAGUGGCUUCACUUAAUAGGAGUUUACAUUUCUCACAUAAGUAAUCCAAGUGUGUAUAAUCCAGGGCUGAUGUGGCAGCUUAAUGUCAUCAAGGACUCAAACUCCUUUUAUAUUUUUACUCUGCCGUUUCUGGUGAGUGGCUUUCUUUCCUGGUCUCAAGAUAGCUGCUUCACCUCUAGGUAUUACAUCUAGAUUCCAAGCAGGAAGAAAGGGAAAGUUAAGAGGCCAAUGGAGCAUGUCAUUCAAAGUUGCCUUUAUUUAAAAAUCUGUCUGAAAGCCACAUUCGUUGACUUUCCCCUAUUUCUCGGGGUAGAACUGAAUCACUCCUUGCUGCAACAGUCUGGAAAGUAUCUUAAGCUGGGCACAUUACUGCCUUAAACAAAGUCACAGUUCUGUUAGUAAGGGACCAGGUAGGUAAUGGAUGCCAGAUAGGUAACUAGCAGUGUCUGUCUGACAAUAACAUUAUAAGCCACUUAGGAAAAUACAGGCUGGAUCUAUACCUUAACUUCCUACACCAGAGUAAAUUAUGGAUAUAUAAAAUAUUUUAAAAGCAGAACAAAAUAGGAAUUGUUUUCAUAUACUUUUUGGGAGGAUGGGGCUUUUGAAGCAUGACAUAAAUAGAAAAACUAAAAAAGAAGAGAUUAAGUAACUCGACUACAUAUCAUUUAGGACAGUUCUGAAAAAGAUAAAUCUACAAAUUGGAGGGAAAUAUUUGCAAGGCUAGUGUAGAUAAAGGGCUAAUUUCCUUAAUAAGAGAACAUUCACAAAUUAGUGAUUUGAAAUGGGCAAAGCAUAUACAUGGGCAAUCAUAUAGUAUACACUAUGUAAUAAUAAAAAUAUAAAUUGAUAAUUUAAGAUGGACAAGGAAUAUAAGCAAUUCAGGAGAAAUGAUUAAAAAUAACCAACAAAAUUUUAAAAAGACCAAUAAAUACAUGUCCAGAUGCACAAAUUUGUGUUUGAAUGCAGCUCAGACAACAACAACAUUGACCUCUCAGUUUGUCAAAACCUUAAAAGAUUGAGAAUAUCCAGUGUUAAUUGGUUGGGAUUAUGAGCAGAUAUGAUAUUUAGCGGAUAGACACUAGCAUAGAUGUCUCAGUUGUUAAAAUACUGAAAUUCGUCUGUAUCAGUAGUAAAUAGUAUUACUGUAACUGAAAUAGUACUGAAAUUAAUAAAUUAUUUAAAUUUUAA